AUGACCUCUAUUCAAGAAAACACAGAACAGAAAAAGAACACAGAGCUGUUUUUUAAGUUGGACGAUAAUUACGGCAUGACCAUACGCCGUCUCAAGUCCCUGCAAGUCGCACUGCAAAGAAAUCCAGAGCAAUGCCGCUGGUAUAGAGGUAUUCUAAACAGAUACGAAAGAGAAGAUAUGAUCGAAACCUUUUCUAGCCAAAGCGACGAGUCAGCUGGCGUCUACUAUACGCCUCAUGCAGGGGUGUGGAAACCCAGAAAAAGGGUUCCUUUGAGAAUCAAUUUCGACGCCUCCUCAAAAAAGAGAGGAAAGCUACCUCUGAUCGACGACAUCGAGAAAAGCACGUCGUUCAUCAACAAAAUUCACGACAUGCUUCUGACGUCGCAAACAAGCAAAGUCGUGCUCAAGUGUGAUGCCGAAGCCGUCUCGAAGAACAUCACAAAGACACCACAAAGAUCUUCGUAG